GGCGAAUCGGCAGUUGAACCGCUCGCGAGAAGGGGUGGCCGCGGAGUGACUGGCCAUGGACAAGCCAGCUGGCCUGCAGGUAGACUACGUCUUCCGAGGUGUGGAGCAUGCUGUGCGUGUGGUGGUGUCCGGGCAGGUGCUGGAGCUUGAGGUGGAGGACCGGAUGACCGCUGACCAGUGGCGGGGCGAGUUUGAUGCCAGCUUCAUCGAAGAUUUGACUCACAAGACAGGGAACUUCAAGCAGUUCAACAUCUUCUGUAACAUGCUGGAGUCGGCCCUCACGCAGAGCAGUGAGUCGGUCACCCUGGACCUGCUGACCUACACCGACCUGGAGUCCCUGCGGAACCGCAAGAUGGGCCGCCCAGGCCCCCUGGCCUCCAGAUCGGCCCAGCUCAACUCCAAGCGCUACCUGAUCCUCAUCUACUCCGUGGAGUUUGACAGGAUUCACUACCCGCUGCCCCUCCCGUACCAGGGCAAGCCGGACCCCGUGGUCCUUCAGGGCAUCAUCCGCUCACUGAAGGAGGAGCUGGGCCGCCUGCGAGGGCUGGACGGCCAGGACGCUCGGGACACCCGGGAGACAGAGAUCAUCUGGCACCUGCGGGAGCAGGUGUCACGCCUGUCCACUGAGAAGCGCGAGCUGGAGACCCAGCUGGGCCGAUCGCGAGAGGAGGCGCUGGCCGGUAGGGCGGCGCGCCAGGAGGCCGAAUCUCUGCGCGGGCUUGUGCGUGGCCUGGAGCUGGAGCUACGGCAAGAGCGCAGUGUCGGGCACCGUGGGUCCGGCCGCCGAAGCCAGGAAUGUCGCCGCCUGGCCAAGGAGCUUGAGGAAGUCAAGGCGUCUGAGCGAAGCCUGCGUGCCCGACUCAAGACUCUGAACGCCGAGCUGGCCAUUUAUAGGAGAGGAAGACGCACUCCGCCAGUACCCCUGCCCCCGGCCCGGGAGGACAGGACUUCCACGUCCCGGGAGCGCUCCACGUCACGUGGCCGAGGCGCCGCGCGCUCCUCUUCCCGGGAGAGCGGCCGCGGGAGCCGGGGUCGAGGCCGCCCUACCCGCCCCUCGCCCUCACCCUCAGGUGGUCGUGUGCCCCGUUUCGACCCGACAGCCUUUGUGAAAGCCAAGGAGAAGAAGCAGAGAGAGAUCAAAAUGAAGCAGCAGCAGCAGAGGAACCGAUUGGGCAGUGGAGGAAGUGGGGACGGUCCAUCCAUCACCUGGUCUCGCCAGACCCGGGGCCCCGCUGCCCUGACCGGCCGAGGGGAUGCGACUGAUCGCUCCCGGAACCGGACCCGCAGCUCCUCGGUGGACAGUUUCCGCAGCCGCUGCUCCUCCGCCAGCUCCUGCAGCGAGUUUGAGGAUUUCUCUGAAUCCCUCCCCAGAGGGGCCCGCCUCCGUGGGAAGCCUCCCAGCCCCACCUGGACCCGCUCCAACAUGAAGUCUACCCCCCUGGAACGCGGCCGCCAUCAGAGACGCCUGGCCAGUUCGGGGAACUGGGUCCCCAUGAAAGGCCCCACUGGCACUGAUACCCAACCCCCAUCCCUGUAUCUGGCACCUGGCCGGGCACAGGACUUCCCACGCCGGUCACAGGGAACCCCAAACUCUGCUUCCUUCUCUGGAGGGACCUCAACAGGAUGCGGUGCGGUCAGUCUGGUGGAGGUGGGAGGAGGAAGCGCACGCCUGGCCGGCCCUUACGCAAGCCAACCGCGUGGGGGCCGCGGGGGGCUGGCCAUGGGCCUGGGCCCUUGGGCUUGCGGUUUCUGGAAGUCUCCGCAUCUGGAGCCCUGCCCUGCUUUGUCUCCUCUGUUAAUUCUCUCAGUUCUCCUGGCAACUCACCAGGAACUUGACACCUAAGCUGGGCGGCUGAGAGGUGCAAGUGAGGGUGGGGCAAGGGGGUGCUGGGCCCUUCUUCCUUCUUCCUGCAGGGUCUACAACAAUAAGGCUCCUCUCCUAAAAACACUUCUUUGGCCCAGGCCCGAUGCUAUUUAACCUUGCAGCAAACUGAAGAGGAAAUCAAUUCACAGUUGAGUACACUGAGGCUGGAGAAGGGGAAGUCACUGCUGAACCCCGGCACGGGCAGGGCCACACUCAGAGCCACACUGCUGGCCCUUGAGUCCUGGCCAUGUCCAUGUAUGAGCUCCGGCUCCUGGAGUCAUUUUCUGGUGCCUCUGUAUUCCCCACGCACAAAGCAGGGGUUUCUGUAAAACAAAGGACCCAACUCCUGUGAUCGAUGUGGGAUUAAAUGAGUUGAAGGGGUUGAGCCCUUAAAAGAUGCCUGGCUCACGGUGCCAUGGAAGUGCUACGGGGUCUGGCACUUGCAUCUUGGGAGAAAGCAGCAUGCUUUACGUGGGUGCUUCUGGCUGCUCCGUCCUGCACAGAAGUGAAGCAAAGUGGUGGGGAAAAAGAAUAGAAAAACUGAAGACAUCACAAGAUUAAAACCUGACUCACAAGGAGGUGGGGGCAGAAGGGAUUAGCAUGACUAUUAACCCCGCCAGAGAAAUCGAGGCAUAUCACUAGGCAUAAGGCCCACGCAGUAGCAGACUCAGUAGCAGACUGCUGCAGGGAGUGUCGGACCUCAGGGUAAAGGACGGAGACGGCCCGCUGUGGAGUCCCGCUUCCUUUAGGAUUCCACAUAGUCAUCUAAAAUCAGCAGCAAACAGGUCGCUCCACAAAGGAGUGAGCCCCUCCCCACACCCCCACACCCCCACGAAAGGGAAAAGGACUCUAUCAGGGCAGUCCCUGCCCUGGCACGGGACGGCAGUCCUGCCCCCCUGUGCCUCUGCAGGUGCUUCUUCCCAC